AUGUUAUCCCUGCUGUCCUUGCUUGUGGCCUCUGGUACCGUUCUCAGAGCCGACACCGAAGAAUGGACCCCGCUCACCUACCCCGACCCUAGGACCAACUACACCGAGUGUAACACCUGGUCCAACUCUACCUUGUGUGACCCCGACCACAUACUUACGGAUCAAUGGCGACUGCAGAUUCAUCAGAAUCUGAACAGUUUGAUGGAAAGUAAGUUUGAUCAUUCAUUUCUAGCGUACUAUAAUAUAAUUUGCAGAACUGAAAAUGGUGAAUGUUGAAUACACAGAGAACGCCCCCUUCCAGUGUUACGACAACCCUACUAGUUCCCUGCAACUUUACGUUAUCCUUGCAAAACGAAUCCAAUCAGCCAAAAACCAUACCAUUACUGAACUAGACCUGGUAAUAAGACUACUUCUUAAUCUCUAACCUAAUUUUAGCAGUGUCUCUUAAAACAUAUUAUUCUUUCAGACUAAAUUCGGUGACGGUCUAGUGGAACAAUUUGGCCUCAAAAGUCUGCCAUGUAAGAACUUUUUAAUAUUUAUUGGAGUAGAAGGCGCCAAGAUAGCUUAUGUUAGAACUGGAAGUGACCUGAAGCUGCCUUCCGACCUGAUGGAGCACAUUUUCAACAAGUAUAACUUAUUCAAAGCCAAAAACUUUAUGGAAGUUCUGAGUAAAAUCGUUACAGAAAUUGGAGAGAGAAUCACAGAGGUAAGUCGUGCCAUUUUUAAAAAUACAGUGGUACCUACUUUGAUACCAUCAUUUUUUCUUUCAGUCAUUAGACAUGGCGAUAUCGGCUGGAAACGACACUUCUCCGUUUGUAGAAGACGAACUCCUGAAUAUGUUAUCAAAUAUCACCAUCGAGAUACCAGACAACUUCACAUCGAUGCCACAGUCCUCUGUCACCGUGCCUUCACUCACGCCCGUCUGGGUAUACCCGUUGUUGACUAUAACAACAUCUCUAUCCACCUUGUCUCUCAUCUUACUACUGUUCAGUCGUCGUCACAACAAAAAGCUCAAGAACAUCAAUAGUAUGAUAGCUACAGGCACAUCGAUGAGGUCACUUCAACAUCGAAAAGGUCAUAAGCUAUUCUUCAAGAACCCAGUAUCACAUAACCACAAUGACAAUGUCAGCAAGAAGGAUCCCUUAUUUACAAUAUAA